AUGGCGCAUUCAGCCCUCUCGAACAAGUCCUUCGACUUCAUCAUCGCCGGUGGCGGGACAGCAGGUCUGGUGUUGGCUUCACGCCUCACGGAGAACCCAGACUUCAAUGUUCUGGUUAUCGAGGCUGGAUCCGAUCGACGAGGUGAUCCUAUGAUUAGCACUCCCGGUACCUUCCUUCAACUAUACGGCAACAAGAAGUACGAUUGGGACUUCAAGACGGAACCCCAAAAGAGCGAGAAUGGCGCCGUGCAUUGCUGGCCACGAGGCAAGGGGCUUGGUGGAUCGUCGAUGAUUAACUUCUUGAUGUACUCGCAUUGCUCGAAGAGUGAUUUGAAUAUCUGGAGAGACCUAGGCAACCCAGGCUGGGGCUGGACCGAUAUCAUCCCCUACUUCCAACGGAUCGAACGAAUGCACCUGCCGUCAGACCCAACACGCACCGCACUCUCAACAGAAUAUAUCCAACCCUCUCUCCGCGGCACCUCCGGCAUGAUCCACACGUCCUGGCAAAGCGACGCCUUCAGCUGGGCGCAGGAGACGUGGCCGAAGCAGAGUAAAGCGAUGGGGUAUCCGACGUCGACGGAUCCCCGGACGGGCACGAGUCUGGGUUUGUUCAACCAGCUGACGUGUGUGGAUCCCAAAGACGGCACGAGGAGUUAUGCUGCGACGUCGUAUUUUGUUGCAGCAGAGGGGCGGAAGAACUUGACAGUCGUGACGGAGAGCGUGGUUAAGAAGAUCCUCUGGGAUACAUCAGGCUCGAAGCCCCGAGCAAUCGGCGUCGAAAUGGAAACAAACAGCUCAACGAUCCAAGUGCAAGCAACCAAAGAAGUCCUCCUCAGCGCCGGCACAAUCCAAUCCCCCCAACUCCUCGAACUCUCCGGAAUCGGGGACCCAACCCUCCUCCAAACCCACGACAUCCCCCUCGUCGUGUCCAACCCCUCCGUCGGCGAGAACCUCCAAGAACACCCCAUGGUGGUCCUCUCCUGGACCACCAAACCGGGCCACCCCACUGCAGAACACCUCCGCGACGACCCUUCCCUCCUCGCGCAGGCCAUGGACACGUACGCCAAAACCGGCGGGGGCCCCAUGGCCGCCGCCGUGACCACGACGGGGUUCCUCGACCUUCACUCCGUCACGCGUCCGGGAACGGAUUGGUCCGCCCUCGCGACCCCCGACACACACCUCCCGCAGCGCCAGCUCGACCUCCUGAUGACGCAGCUCGAAGACAAAAAGGAAGCCGUCUACCAAGUCUCCGCCAUCCCCUCCGGCAACACGCCCUCCCUGCGAGGAAUCGGGAAUUCGGCCAUGUUCUUCCAUUCUGUGCCGGGGAAUUACUUCUCCAUGUCGUGCGGGCUCAUGCACGCCUUCUCGCGCGGGAGCGUACAUAUCAAGUCUUCCAACGUCCACGACUACCCGGAGAUCGACCCGCGGUACUUGAGCCACCCGAUGGAUGUGGAGUUGUUAGCCCACUCGCUAUUUCACAUGAAAGAAGUCGUCAAGACCCCUCCAUUAGCAGACUUCCUCAAAGACGCCUCAGACGGCAGCGGCGAGAAGGAGUUCAUGCCCGGGCUGAAACCUUUCAGCACGCUGGCGGAGGCUCGAGAGUUGGCCAAGGAGAGACAGUUGACGAUGUAUCAUCCGACAGGGACGUGUGCGAUGUUGCCGAGGGAGGAGGGGGGCGUUGUGGAUACGGAGUUGAGGGUAUAUGGGACGGAGGGGUUGAGGGUGGUGGAUGCGAGUGUGUUUCCGAUGAAUGUGCAGGGGAAUAUUAUGAGUUUGGUGUAUGCGGUGGCGGAGAAGGCGAGUGAUGUUAUCAAGGAGACGUAUGCUGGGGAGAGGAAGGCGAAUGGGGUGGAUGGGACGAGUCAUUGA